GCCGCCAUGAUCUAGCGUGGGAAGCAUGCUGCUCCUCGGCUCCACAAAUGCCUUGCGUAUGACACGGGGAAUUUACAGUCUCAGUCAUCAAGCUUUAUUUACGACCCCGCCCCGCCCAUCCCAAGUUUGGCGGCCGUCCAUGGAUGCUGAUAACGGGCGAUUUCCUUUACGGCCCUUGCUCCUCAGUGUGGGGGACAGUUCCUCCUGACGCAACCCAAGUUUAUACCAUCCACUGUUCUCCGGCCCUGGCUCCCGUUCUCAUCAAGUGGAAAGAAAUCCUCUCAAAACUGCACAAGUCAAAUACAGGGAUUCCGCGUAUUCAGGCCGCUGCUUCUACAAGUUCUUGCAGCACCUUAUUUUGGGAAGGGUUUGAAGACAUCGGACCGACCCAAGAUCUUCUUGCCCACUGCCGACACCAGACCGUCAAGCUUGUGUUUGGCGACAUGGCUCUACUUAACCUUACCCGGCACCGCAGGUGUCGUAACCAUACCCCUGAAUUUGAAAAGCUCGUGGAGGAUGCCGUAUUCCCACAAAAUGGAGACCUGAGCUUGUCGAUCUUGAUAUGGAUCUUCAGCGGCUCCUGGGGACGAGUAUUCUUGUGCUGACGCAAAAUCUUAAGCCUAUCGUGAAAUUGUGGAUAGAGGUUAGGCAUUGCAUUAAAGAUACGUGUAGUUUAUUUCCUGCGCCUUGUUCUGACAUUUUUUUGUAGGGAUCACGUGGGGAUCUGUAUUCACGAAUUUUAUGGUCUCUUGGUGAUCACAAGUGGGGGACCACCCGAAGGCUGUAAAUACUCUGCUGUAGGCUCUGAAUAGCAAUAGAACC